AUGCCUCUUCCAGACACUAUGUACUGUUCUCAGCAAAUCCACGUCCCUCCAGAGCUGCCAGAUGUCCUCAAACAGUUCACCAGAGCAGCCAUCAAGACUCAGCCAAAGGACAUCCUGGUCUGGUCUGCAGCAUACUUUGCUGCUCUGACUAAAGGAGAGGCUCUGCCGGUCAAGGACAGACUGGAGUUGAAUGUGGCCACUCAGAAAACAGACACUGGACUCACACAGGGUUUACUCAAGACUCUACACAGACAGCUGGGCUCCAGUGAGACCUGCUCCAUGAAGGAUCUCCAGGACAAAUGGAGGGGUCUAUGUCUGCCCCUGGAGCAGCUGCAGUCUCUACUGGCCCUGGGCAACUUCAGCUCAGAUAUCGUCUGGAUGGAGUUCUUUGCUUUGUGUUGCUGUUCUCUGGGUGCGACGCUGAUGUCUUCCCUCAAAACUGCUUGUGAGAUUCUGACUGAGGAUGAAGAAGGAGGCCCUGCCCGGAUCCCCUUCAGUGUCUUUGUGCAGCUCUACGUCUACCUGUCUAGACUGGACGAAGACUUAACAAAAGAGCAAAUAGACAAUUUUCUUAAAAGUCUACAGCCUGAAGUGGAUCUGCAGAACGGAAUGAUCAAACCCUUGGACUUUAUUCACAGAGACGACGCUAACCCACCGCCAAGUAGUUCAUCGGACGCUCUCAAAAGGUCGCCCGUAUCUGAAGGAUCCUUUACAAUGAACGAGAUGUGAUGCUUUUGCGCCGCCCGUCACGUCUGCACUGCGUUUGUAUUUCUAUCUCCCUGCUGUUAUUUUAAAGUCCUUCACCAGUAUUGUUUUGAAAGCCUCGCAUUCAUCCCGAGUCCUUGUGAUCUGCAAACAUGUCAAGCGACCCACAGACCCGUACAUAUUAGAAAAAACAACUUGAUUAAAGUCGUUUCAGGCUGAUUAAAAUCACCACUUGUCCCCCUGUUGAAUGUCUGCUCCUUGUUGGCUGCUGUUGUCCUAUGUCUUGUCUUUCCUGGUAUAAUUCGCUGAUUAAUAACGUCUAAUCAAGCUAUUUUUAAUCAGCUUGGGUUAGCUCUGUGAGAGUAAACAUUUCUGGGAUAACCUUGAGAAAACUGAAAGAUAAACACGGGCUUGUUUGAACACAUCGACACUUGUAGGAGCAGAGUCAGAGGAGGCCUUUGUGUGGCUCUACUGCAGCAGGUAUACACAAGUUUGGACCAAAUACUGCGUAAAACUGCUCUAUCUGUGGCUGGUAUAGGGCAAUCUCAAAAAUGUAUAUCUAAAUAAUGAGAAUGUGCUGAUUUGCAAGUGUAAAGCUCAAUUUAAAGUGGCACAGUUGCGUAUACAUUUCAGUUUUUAGUGGGUUAUUUUGAACGUCUUCAUGUGGCCCAGUUCUUGCACCGCUUAAGCAACGAUUUUGCAAUUUUCUACGUUCCUUUUGUGACAUUUCCAGCUUAUAUUUCGCUUAUCAUGCUGU